AUUGUAAUAUCCGAAUAUUAGCAUGCAAUAUUGAAUUCCGGUUGCUGAACACGUUGUGGUGUGAUCAAGAAAUUUUAAUACUUUCUCAGUUUUUGUAGCAGUAAUGUAAAAUUUCACAACAAAAAUGAUUCGAAGACAAGCCCGUCUAAGGAGGGAAUACCUAUACAGGAAGUCCAUUGAAGACCGAGACAAAACUAUCCUAGAAAAGAAGCAAAGACUCAAACAAGCACUCGAUAACAACAAACAGAUUCCAUCAGACUUGAGGAAGGAUGCAAUUGACAUACAGAAGACCCUGGACUGGGAGGGGGCAGGGGCAGAUGGCAUUGUGAACCAUGUGGAUGAUGAGUAUAAAUGGGCAGGGGUGGAAGAUCCCAAAAUAAUGAUCACUACCUCCAGGGACCCGAGCUCCAAGCUCAAACAGUUUGCCAAGGAAGUGCGUUUAAUUUUCCCAAAUAGUCAGAGGAUCAAUCGUGGUAACUAUGAGGUGAAACAACUGGUAGAAGCCUGCAGGUCCAAUGAUGUUACCGAUCUUAUAUUACUCCACGAACACAGGGGUGUUCCAGACAGUCUGAUCGUUUGCCACCUUCCUUUUGGACCAACGGCGUAUUUCACUCUGUCUAGUGUUGUAAUGCGACAUGACAUUCCUGAUGUAGGAACAAUGUCUGAACAGUAUCCACACCUCAUCUUCCACAAGUUCUCCUCCAGGCUAGGAAACAGAGUGAAAAGUAUCCUAAAGUUCCUGUUUCCUGUUCCUAAAGAAGAAAGUAAAAGAGUUAUCACCUUAGCUAAUGAUGAUGAUUUUAUUUCAUUCAGGCAUCAUGUUUACAAAAAGACAGAGAAUGGAAAAGACAUAGAACUGCAAGAGGUGGGACCAAGAUUUGAAAUGAAAGUGUAUCAGAUUAUUCUUGGCACCAUCGAGAAUGUCGACACAGCAGACACAGAAUGGGUGUACAGACCUUACAUGAACACCACCAGGAAACGGAAGUUUUUAUCGGACAGCUAGACAGGAAGUUUUUAUCGGACAGCUUGACGGGAAGAUUUAAUCAGACAGCUUGACAGGAAGUUUUUAUUGGACAGCUAGACAGGAAGUUACAUAUGUACAUCAGUGGAGCGUAUGGACACAGAGGCAGUGUGUAGUCCUAUCAAUAUAGACAGACUGAUCGGGGAAAUCUCAUUUAAACAUGCUUUGUUUGACUGUACAUUAGACUGAAACUUACUGGAAUGUUAAUGAUAUUGUCAUAUUUCAUCAUGUGUAAUAAUUGUACAGUACUGUGCAGUGAAUGGUUCUGUGAUACGAGGAACUGAUGUCUGAUGCAGACUUGUGUACCUUGUUUUACUGGUACCAGGACUUGUGUUAAUGAUAAAUGUACGUUCCUCCUAGUACAAUUAAAAUUCAUUUUCAAGAAA